AUGGACGACUUCCGGCUAGGGAAGGUUGAGGUCGUCGAUGUUCCGCUCCUUGGCGAGGGAUUCGGAGGAGGGGUUGGAGGAGGACGAGGCAUGGUGUUUUGUUGCAGAUCGGCGAUGGGAUUGCUUCUGGAGGGAUUUGGCCUCGACCUCGCGGCACGGGUAUGUGGAGGAAAGAGGGCUGAGGCUGAUUUUCCAAACGCGGGUUCCAAGAUUUCUCAAGAUGGAGUCUCGAUAGACAGGUCGUGGGUCGACUCGUCGGUUUCAGUCGAGAGCAAAGACGAGAGCUCGGCUAGUAGGCUUCCUACCGGGACUUUGUAA